AAUAAUAACAGCCUGUGAUGGUGCUGUGAACGCUACAUUUCACCUCUUUCCUUUUCUUUUCUUUCUUCCUUCCUCUACUUUUCCUCUAACCACUGACACCCCCACCACCACUAAUACCAACGUUUCAUUCUCUUACUCCUCCUCCUCCUCCUUGCGCUGCGAGAUCAAUACAAUAUCAUGAGAUCCAUGAUCCAAAACUUUCAGAACCGAAACUUUAUACCCAAUAUGCCCACAAACCAAGCACUCCCAGUAUCGCAAGCGGACUCCAAAGAACAAGGCCUGCGCAGAAGGCUGUCCUCUCUCUCCCUCAAGAUUCAGCCCAUUACUUCCCCCGCAACUUCAUGGGCAUUCCGCAGGUCAAAGUCCGUGUCCUCCAUGGGAGAAUAUGCCGGUAGUUCCAUAAGGGAAUGGUGGGACUGGGGUUGGUCUUGGAUUCUCUCAAGGAAGCCCAUUUUCGCCAAGGAUCUGGAACUGAACGAGGAAGAAGCCAAGAUGCUUGGUUCUCAUGACAAAGGUAGCUGGAGGCAUGUUUUCUACAAGGUCAAGUCUGAGAUCAGAAAGCUCGUUGGUUCUGACCAUGUAGGACUUCCUCAAACCUACAGGUACGAUUCCUACAACUACUCCCAGAAUUUCGACGAUGGAAUUUCGAGAACCCAAGGUUGAGAACAAGUCCGGAUGUCUCAGCACGAACAUGUGGGGUACUGUAUUCAAAGUCGCUAAAACCUUAAUUUGAUGGAAUUUUGUAUGGUUUUUUUCUUCUAUUCUUUUCUGUACUUUUUUAUAUUCCUUGUUAAUGUUCAUUACUGGUCUGUAAUUAGACAGAAUAUUAUUCUAUUACGUGGAAAUAUUGUUUGGAAAAGGAA